AUGGCGACGUGCCGUAUAAAAUUCACUCUCCGGUGCCCUUCUUCCGAUACGCAGCGUUUCGCGUCCACUUGUCGACUCUCAAACCCUAGCUCCCCUGUCCUACUUAAUCUCACCCCCGCCUCCGCUUCCAACCCCAAAAAGGUCUCGUGUUCCAGUGCGCGGCGGCGUAGCUUUGGUACUGUGAGGGCUCACAUGGCCACUGAGGAGAAACCGGUUUCCGAGGACAGAAUGCUUGUAUUCGUGCCGCCUCACCCGUUGAUCAAGCAUUGGGUUUCAGUUUUGAGAAAUGAGCAAACCCCUUGUCCCAUUUUUCGAAAUGCCAUGGCUGAGUUGGGGAGGCUUCUUAUAUAUGAAGCUUCAAGAGAUUGGCUGCCUACGGUCACAGGAGAAAUCCAAUCACCGCUUGGUGUCGCAUCAGUUGAAUUUGUAGAUCCAAGGGAACCUAUUUCGGUUGUUCCAAUUUUAAGAGCUGGUCUAGCAUUGGUGGAACAUGUAUCGUCAAUCUUGCCAGCAACAAGAACGUACCAUCUUGGGAUAGGCAGAAAUGAGGAGACACUUCAACCAACAGUAUACCUGAACAAGUUACCUGACAAAUUUCCCGAAGGGUCACGAGUAUUUUUGGUUGAUCCUAUGCUAGCAACAGGUGGCACUAUAGUGGCAGCUAUGAACCUAUUAAAGGACCACGGGGUUGACAACAAGCAAAUUAAAGUGAUAUCUGCUGUUGCUGCCCCUCCAGCCCUGCAAAAACUGAGCGAGAAGUUUCCAGGGCUUCAUGUAUACACUGGCAUCAUUGAUCCUAUUGUAAAUGAAAAAGGGUUCAUAAUCCCUGGACUGGGUGAUGCUGGAGACCGUAGCUUUGGUACAUAA